GCGGCGGCGGCGGCGGCAGGAGGGGGAGAAGGGCCAGGCAGCGGCAGCGGCGGGGGGAGGAGGGGAGGAGGCGGCAGAGCAGGAGGAGGAGAAGGCGAAGGAGGCAGUCGCUCUCCGCGGGGCUGAGCCGGACGCGUCUUCUUGCCCCCCUCCCCCCGGUUCGCCGCUGCCGCCGCGUAGUUGGCGCUGCUGCCCGGGCUGAGCGAGCGUGGUGUCGGAGGAGGGAGAUGGCCCGGGGUCGCCGGCGCCAGUAACGGGAGGUGCUGAGAGUCGCAGAGGGCGCGCUGGGCCCUGGUGCCGGUGGUGCCGCCCGCCCGCCGCCUGCGCGCCUGCCCGCCCCGCGCGGCCGCCCUCCCCCCUCCCCGACACACGCUCACAGGCCGGGCAUUGAUGGUAAUGUAUGCGAGGAAACAGCAGAGACUCAGUGAUGGCUGUCACGACCGGAGGGGGGACUCGCAGCCUUACCAGGCACUUAAGUAUUCAUCGAAGAGUCACCCCAGUAGUGGCGAUCACAGACAUGAAAAAAUGCGAGACGCCGCAGAUCCUUCACCACCAAAUAAAAUGUUGCGGAGAUCUGAUAGUCCUGAAAACAAAUAUAGUGACAGCACAGGUCACAGUAAGGCCAAAAAUGUGCAUAUUCACAGAGUUAGAGAGAGGGAUGGUGGGACCAGUUACUCUCCACAAGAAAAUUCACACAAUCACAGUGCUCUUCAUAGUUCAAAUUCACAUUCUUCUAAUCCAAGCAAUAAUCCAAGCAAAACUUCAGAUGCACCUUAUGAUUCUGCAGAUGACUGGUCUGAGCAUAUUAGCUCUUCUGGGAAAAAAUACUACUACAAUUGUCGAACAGAAGUUUCACAGUGGGAAAAACCUAAAGAAUGGCUUGAAAGAGAACAGAGACAAAAAGAAGCAAACAAGAUGGCAAUUAAUAGCUUCCCAAAAGAUAGGGAUUACAGAAGGGAGGUGAUGCAAGCAACAGCCACUAGUGGGUUUGCCAGUGGAAUGGAAGACAAGCAUUCCAGUGAUGCCAGUAGUUUGCUCCCACAGAAUAUUUUGUCUCAAACAAGCAGACACAAUGACAGAGACUACAGACUGCCAAGAGCAGAGACUCACAGUAGUUCUACGCCAGUACAGCACCCCAUCAAACCAGUGGUUCAUCCAACUGCUACCCCAAGCACUCUUCCUUCUAGUCCAUUUACGCUACAGUCUGAUCACCAGCCAAAGAAAUCAUUUGAUGCUAAUGGAGCAUCUACUUUAUCAAAACUGCCUACACCCACAUCUUCUGUCCCUGCACAGAAAACAGAAAGAAAAGAAUCAACAUCAGGAGACAAAUCUGUGUCACAUUCUUGCACAACUCCUUCCACAUCUUCUGCCUCUGGACUGAAUCCCACAUCCGCACCUCCAACAUCUGCUUCAGCAGUCCCUGUUUCUCCUGUUCCACAGUCACCCAUACCUCCAUUACUUCAGGACCCAAAUCUUCUUAGACAGUUGCUUCCUGCUUUGCAAGCCACACUGCAACUUAACAAUUCUAAUGUGGACAUAUCCAAAAUAAAUGAAGUUCUUACAGCAGCUGUGACACAAGCCUCAUUGCAGUCUAUAAUUCAUAAGUUUCUUACUGCUGGACCAUCUGCUUUCAACAUAACUUCUCUGAUUUCUCAAGCUGCUCAGCUCUCUACACAAGCCCCGCCAUCUAAUCAGUCUCCGAUGUCUUUAACGUCCGAUGCAUCAUCCCCAAGAUCGUAUGUGUCUCCAAGAAUAAGCACACCUCAGACUAACACAGUCCCUAUCAAACCUUUGAUCAGUACUCCUCCUGUUUCUUCACAGCCAAAGGUUAGUACUCCAGUAGUUAAGCAAGGACCAGUUUCACAGUCAGCCACACAGCAGCCUGUAACUGCUGACAAACAGCAAGGUCAUGAACCUGUCUCUCCUCGAAGUCUUCAGCGGUCAAACAGCCAGAGAAGUCCAUCACCUGGUCCAAAUCAUACUUCUAGUAGUAAUGCAUCAAAUGCAACAGUUGUACCACAGAAUUCAUCUGCCCGACCUACAUGUUCAUUAACACCUACGCUAGCAGCACACUUCAAUGAAAAUCUCAUAAAACAUGUUCAAGGGUGGCCUGCAGAUCAUGCAGAGAAGCAGGCAUCAAGAUUGAGAGAAGAAGCCCAUAACAUGGGAAGUGUUCACAUGUCAGAAAUUUGUACUGAAUUAAAAAAUUUAAGAUCUUUAGUCCGAGUAUGUGAAAUUCAAGCAACUUUGCGAGAGCAAAGGAUACUAUUUUUGAGACAACAAAUCAAGGAACUCGAAAAACUAAAAAAUCAGAAUUCCUUCAUGGUGUGAAGAUGUGAAUAAUUGCACAUGGUUUUGAGUACAGGAACUGUAAAUCUGUUUAGCCCAAUCUUAACAUUUUUGAGCUGCAUUUAAGUAGACUUUGGACCGUUAAGCUGGGCAAAGGAAAUGACAAGGGGAUGGGGUUUGUGAGUCUAUUCAGGGGAAAGAUACAAGAUUGAUUUGUAAAACCCUUGAAAUGUAGAUUUCUUGUAGAUGUAUUCUUCACGUUGUAAAUAUGUUUUGUAGAGUGAAGCCAUGGGAAGCCAUGUGUAACAGAGCUUAGACAUCCAAAACUAAUCAAUGCUGAGGUGGCUAAAUAACUAGCCUUUUACAUGUAAACCUGUCUGCAAAUAGCUUUUAUAAAAAAAAUUUGGGGGGGUUAAUUUAUCAUUCAGAAAUCUUGCAUUUUCAAAAAUUCAGUGCAAGCGCCAGGCGAUCUGUGUCUGAGGAUACUAUUUUGAACCAUAUGGGCAAUGUACAAAGUAUCAUGAAAUAACUGUUUCCACACUUGCACCUGAUCAAGAGCAGUGCUUCUCCAUUUGUUUUGCAGAGAAAUGUUUUUCAAUUCCUGUGUGUUCCAUUUCCCUCUGAAAUCCUUGAUCUGAUUUUAUCCAUUUUUUUUAAGGCUCCUCUUUCUUAAGGCACUGUUGCUAUGGCACUUUUCUAUAACCUUUUCAUUCCUGUGUACAGUAGCUUAAAAUUGCGGUGAUUGAGCAUAACCCACUUGUUUGUAUAAAUUAUUGAAAUCCAUUUGCACCCUGUUGUAAGAAUAGACUUAAAAAAAGUACUGCUGAGCAUGUGUGCUAAAAGUACAUUGAUUGCUCAAAUAUAAGAAAGUGGCCCAAUGAACAUGGUUGUGGGAGGGAAAGAGGAAACAAAGCUAGUCAGAUGUGAAUUGUAUCUGUUGUAAUAAACAUGUUAUAAAACACAAAAAUUGUUAUUUUUCUUUUCCUUUGGUCAGUGCAUAUUAGAAUUUGAACUACUGGGGAUUCUUCAUAAUAAAGAACUAUUCUUGUUGAAUAUUUAUACUUAAUUGAAAUAAUUCCUUAAAUGAGGUUUGUUUAAAGCAAAGUAACAGGAAAUUGUGUAUAAGAUAUUUAAUGAAAUAUGAAAUUCAACAAGAAUAAUUAAGUCACUUCCCAAGUGGUUGUCAUUUGUUAAACUCUGGUUUACCUGUCUUGCUGUUAUGACAUUUCAUUUUGAAGGAUGUUUGUGUUGUAGCUAACUGUUCAAGUCUGGUGCUGACUGCUGUUCUUAGCCAUCACAAAACGCUAAAUUUGUGUAAUUGGAGCUUCCUGCUGUUAUCUGGAAAUGGUGGGAAAGCUCAGCUUUGUAUAUUGUUUCCUAAAGUAUAUUAAAAUAAAAAAAGAAACUUAUUGCUACUAUAAAAUUACCUUGGCUUUUUUUUUCCUUUGCUAAAAUAUUGGUCAUAUGACCGUAGCAUGACAUUGCCAGUAUUAAAUCCACAAGGGUUUCUUUAUGCAGAAAAAUAUUUUAAUUUAAAAAUCUUUGACUUACCCAAUUUAAGAGACUUUUUUUCCCUGUUGAGGCAGAUCUAUUCAUGUGCUUUCAGAACUGCCAGCACCAAGGGCUUAUUUUGUGAUGGUAGACAUUAAUGUUACUACAUUCUGGAAUACUAAAAUUUUGAAACUGCUCUUAUGCUUUAAGCAUAUUUAAAGUAUAGAAGAUAAUAAUGUUCAGGUUUUCAAUAAAUUUUGAAAAGUAAACUGUCAGCAAUAGUAUGGGUAUUUACUAAAAUACAAAAAUGUUCCAGUGUAAUUAGGAGGAAUUAAAAUUUUAUACCGGAAGCUGAGUUUUUAAAAUUGUAACAUGAGAAUACUUUUAAAAUGUUAAGACAAAUGUCAUAAAAUAUCAAUGAAAUGUUCGUUAUCUGUGAGAUUGUUAACAUUUGCUGGACUUGAUGAGUGCAUGUAAACAAACUCGGAAAAACUGUUAAGCUAAGGACCCUUCCUGAUGCAGUCCUGUGUCUUGUCUGGAAAGAAGUGAGCAAUUUGUGAUGUAGGAGGCAGAUGUUUCCUGGUCAGAUGGCAACUUGUGAUUUAAGGUAAAUUUGAAUUGAUUUGCUAAUAGAUCAUUGAUCUGUGUCACCUUAUUCCUUUGCUUUAAAAAACGUUCACACCCCUGAAUGAAUUGCUCACAUACAUAUAGAAGAUGCCUAAUUUGAAAUGCGGAUUUUUAAACAUAAAAUUAAAAUUUUUUGUGGAAAUAUUUUUACAAUAUUUGAUUCACUUACUAUCCUGUAGUAAAUGAUCUUAAACAUUGCACUUUAAUACAGACAUGGUAUCCAGCUACUAACGUUCUUGAGGUAACCUGGGUAUGUUCAUUAAAACAGGCAUAGUAUCUAAGAAAAUACUCUUUUAUCUA